AUGAAUCACUUGUGGAAUGCACGCGUUCUAAACAGGCCUCUGGCAGAGGCUUCGAACCUAUAUUCAAAACCGACACAAGUGCAGAUACUCGAUGUUACGAGAGCGGCCGAUGGAAAGAUAGGGACAUCGAGGGUGUUAGUGGCCGGCGAAGGCAUGCAGUCAUCGUUACCGGAACUUUCCAAUGACACUGUUAUUCGAUGGAUACAUACAAGAACUGUCGACAUGGACUUUGAUAUUCUUCUGAACUUUGCUCUCACUCAUCAAGAAUUCACAAAGGAAGACAGGUUCAAAUCACGCAUAUCCAACACAUUCCUUCCUCUUCGAGACUAUAUGUACCCCACUAGAUCGCUAUUGCAAUACCAUUACCGCCGCGAGUCGUCGGCCCUGAUUGCUAAAAGGGAUUUGGAACAGACUUCUCGAAAACUGGCAGGUCCCGGUUCACGUAAACUGGUCGUUGUCAAAAACCUAUGGAUACUAAUGUUGAAUGAGUCAACAAUGAUUACUGUCUCACCAACUGAUGGUGAACAUAUUUGGUCAGAGUUGGGGUUGAUCAGCAAGCCAUAUUCUUUACAAUCUGAGCGCAGAACCUCAAAUCUCUGGGAGACUUUGGAUUUACUUGCAGAUAGGCUCCAGCAAAGGAUUUCGUCUGCAAUUGACGAACUAGAAUAUCUUCUCUCGUACCAACGAUGGUUCAGAACAUCACUUCCAGCCUCCUUUGCCAAUCGGGUGGGAGGAGAUUCAUCAAAUUCUGGAGGUUCCCUGACAGGAUUUUGGGGAUUUAUGUUUUACCUCAUUAAUCCAGAGUGGAUUCUUAGGCUGCAACAUCGAUUUUCAACAUUGGAAAGCUUCUUGGCUGGUAACAGAGCUCGGUUUGAAGGGCUUAGGCACAUGGAAAGAUCUGCAGUGUCUGCAGAGAUUGAGCUACAAUCGGAAUCCCUUUAUAUGUCUCUUUAUGAGGGUGUCGGCAUAUACCUUGACAUAUUCUCCAAAGUAUGCAGGAAGAGCACAAUAGCACUUUUGUUUCCAUCAAAUAGAGAGCUACUGUGUAAAGUAUGGUUAGACGUCAAACAUCAAUCGCAGCUAUUCUUAUGGAAAGUCUCGGCCAUGGAUUUAAAUAUUCAAGUGAUGACAGCUACUGGCCUGUCUGAAACCGAACGGCGCCACGAUAUACCCACAGAGAUUGAGCAACUUAUGUUUCUCCUUGUGGAUUCCUUGACCCCUGGAGACUCGACAGAAUCAGCCUGCUCCCGAAUCAGUGAUAUAUAUUCUCAGUACAUCGCGCGACUGCAAUUAUGGAUCCAACAAGAACCAUCGAAGCAUCAUACUGGGAAUAUAUAUCAAAUUCUGGAGGAGUUGGAUAUAAUCAGUGGAAUAGUUGAAUCACAACGAAAAGUCGUGGAGCAGAUGGUGAAGAUCUUUCGUGAACAACAACUACCGAACCCGCGAAAAAUAUGUACGAGUGCAGAGAAAAUGUCAAUGUCCCCAGAAACACCCACAAAAACACUUCAAAAAAUGCAACAGUUUCAGUCAGAGCUCCGUGAAUACCAAAAUUCUUGCUCUCGGCUUGCUACGCUGGCUGCCCAAAGACAAAGUGAUGCACGGAUGGAAAAUAUAGGCAAAAUAAUACUCGUGCUCACUAUCACUACGACAAUUUUCUUGCCUCUUGUGUUUGUGAGUAAUCUGUUUGGGAUGAAUGUGGUAGAUAUAAGAGAGAUGAGGUCGGGACAAUGGGUGUUCUGGGUAUCUGCUCUUGGAGUGACUCUCAUAGCUGGAAUCUUCGCUCUGGUUAUAGCGUUUUUUUGGCGAGGGUUUGAUGCUGAAAGUAAGAGCUAG